AUGGCUUUGCUGAGGUUGCGGUUGAGUGGGGAAUCAAACAAACAUCGCCCCGAUGAUCAGUGUGGUCGAUUACCUAUGAUCCACAAGGGAUUCUCAGAAAUAGGAUACAUCUGGACAGAUUACUCAAGUGUAACACCUCGAACAUUGCCUGGUUAUGUUUAUGAUCUUAAUGAAGAAUGUCAAACGCAAUCUGAUGACGACGAUGAAAAUAUUGAAAAUAGAAUUGCGAACGAUGCAAUCCUAGCAAAUCAACAAUAUACACAAAUGGUGCUAAAGAAUGGUGGCAGACAACUGAAGCUGGUUGAGCUAUGGAAAAAAAACAAUUCAAUUUAG